AUGGCCUCCCCAGAAAUCGAGAAACGCCGCGAGGACCAGCGUCCCAGCUCUCAAAUCGAAGAUACUGUUCCCCAAAUUCUAGGCCCGCAAUCAUCCAAAGGUCCUCCAUUAGGCAAAGACACGCAUGACCAUAACAAACCUAGCAGUGCGAUUGAAGAACAUGGGACGAGAACCCAUGCCUCUUCAAGUAUCUACGAGAAGUACAAACCAGUCUUCCAUCUGUUCAUCUGGCUUUUGUUCACUGGGUGGUGGAUAGCGGGACUCUGUUUGCACGGAAUCCAUGAUUCGACAGGAUCACGGACAGGAUGGCUCAAGCCCUUUCUUGUGUGGCUUGCCAUAACCCUGCGCUUCGUGUUUUUCUACGUUCCCAUCACCGUAAUCACAAAGCCGAUGCACUGGGUCUGGACCAAUACUGGCGUCCGGUUUACAGCACUCGUUCCUGAAAAGCUCAGGCUUCCACUCAGCGGUGCCUUCGUAGUCGCUGUGUUCCUGAUCGGAGGCUUCGCAAGCGCUGAGAGUAAAGAUAACACUCGUGCCAAUCGCGCGGUUUCCCUUUUUGGGCUUGCUGUGAUCGUCUUUGCCAUGUGGGCUACCUCGAAGAACCGAAAAGCCAUCAAGUGGCACACCGUCAUCGUGGGGAUGCUCAUGCAAUUCAUCAUUGCUCUAUUCGUCUUGAGAUCUACCGCAGGGUGUGAAACUGACGGCACUUCAGAUGACAUAUUUGCUUUUUUCUCCGAGCUUGCAAGGGAUCUUUUAGGCUUUGCUAAGAAUGGUAUCGCCUUCUUGACUGACAAAGAUGCGUCGAAAUUGACUUGGUUUUUAAUCACCGUCCUUCCAGCUGUCGUCUUCUUCAUUGCAUUAGUCCAGCUGCUCUACUACAACGGCAUUCUGCAAUGGUUCAUCGGCAAGUUCGCCAUCUUCUUUUUCUGGACACUGCGUGUUUCGGGCGCCGAGGCAGUUGUCGCCAGUGCAAGUCCCUUCAUAGGGCAAGGAGAAUCGGCCAUACUCAUCAAACCUUUUGUUGAGUUCUUGACCAUGGCGGAAUUGCACCAGAUUAUGUGCUCUGGCUUUGCUACAAUCGCUGGCUCUGUUCUUAUUGCCUAUAUUGCUCUCGGUGUUAAUGCUCAGGCUCUCAUCUCUUCCUGUGUAAUGUCUAUACCUGCCUCCCUUGCCAUUAGCAAGCUUCGAUAUCCGGAGACAGAAGAAACCUUAACCAGCGGUCGAGUCGUUAUUCCGGAGGUUGAUGAGCACAAGGCCACCAACUCUUUGCACGCGUUCGCAAACGGUGCUUGGCUCGGCUUGAAAAUCGCCGGCAUGAUACUGGCUACCCUUUUGUGUAUCAUUGCCAUUUUAGGACUUGCAGAUGGUCUUCUGACCUGGUGGGGAAGAUAUCUCAACAUUAACGACCCUCCUUUGACUGUCGAGCUUAUCGUUGGAUACAUUUGCUACCCCAUUGCUUUUCUCCUUGGAGUUCCCCGAAAUGGCGAUCUUUUGAAGGUCGGACAGCUGCUUGGGACGAAGCUGGUCGUCAACGAGUUUGUUGCUUAUUCAAAUCUGCAGACUGAUCCUAGAUAUGCCGACUUGAGUGCAAGGUCGAGGCUCAUUAGUUCGUAUGCUCUUGCUGGAUUCGCUAAUCUAGGAAGUCUCGGUACCCAGAUUGGAGUGCUCAGUCAGAUAGCCCCUGGGAGAACCGGGGACAUUAGCAAAGUGGCUUUCAGCGCUCUCAUCGCAGGCGCCGUAAGUACACUGACUAGUGCAAGCAUCGCAGGCUUGUUGAUCCAAGAUCAGGCGGCCUAUUUCAAACCUAGUGCUGCUAGCGGUUGA